AUGACUAUAUCUGGUGUCCUUUUCCUGGCAAGUGAACCCCCUCCAGUUGUUCGAUUGAAUCUUAACCAUGACAGACUAAUCAAUGUGAUGACAACAUCGUGUCUGGAAUUGUGGCAGCAAACUUAUAGAGGACAAAAUAUUGACUACAUCAGUAUCCAUUCAGACUCUGAGGGUACUGCGACCCGUUCCUACAGCUACAAGGUUCUCAUGCAAACUAGGGAUGCAGAGUUAGAAAUGAGAGGAAGAUGUAGCGCUGGUCAGAAGGUCCUUGCGUCCCUUAUCAUACGGGUGGCUUUAGCCGAGACGUUUUGCCUUAACUAUGGAAUUCUAGCACUUGAUGAACCAACAACAAAUUUGGAUGAGCCCAAUGCUGAAAGUCUGGCUGCAGCUCUCCUGAGGAUCAUGGAGGACAGGAAAGGUCAGGAGAACUUUCAGCUAAUAGUAAUUCCUCACGAUGAACGAUUUGCUCGGCUAAUUGGUCAACGCCAACACGCAGAAAAGUACUAUCGUGUCUCAAAGGAUGACCAGUAA